AUGGCAUCAUCAUCUGGUACUGUACCUGACAUUUUGCCAUCACAAAUUUUAAGUGUUAGUCCAAGUUUACCAACAAAUAAAUUACUUGAUAAUUUAACAAAAAAUCAACGACUUUUACAAUCAUUACCACAAAAUUAUGAAAAACGACAUUAUUUUACUAGUUUUUAUAAAACAUUAUUGGAUGAUUUUUUUUAUACACAUGAACGUGAUGAUGUACAAUUAUAUGCUGCUAUUUGUCUCGCAGAUAUUAUUCGUAUUUGGGCACCAAAUUUACCUGAUGCACCACCUGAAAAAUUACUAAAUAUGUUUCUAUUUCUUGCUCGUCAAUUACUUGGAUUAAAAAAAAUUGAUGAUCCAUUAUUUAGUCGACGUUAUUAUUUACUUGAAAAUUUAAGUAUGGUACAAUCAUUUAUACCAGCUGUUAAUCUUGAAGAUAAUCGUGGUUGUCAAAUAAGUACUGUUGUACUUAAUAAUUUGUUUAAUGCUGUACAAAAAAAACAUACAGAUCAAUUAAAAAAUUUAAUAAUUGAAAUUGUAUCAGUUAUUUUAGCUGAAUAUGAAUCAAUACCAUUUUCAUUAUUAGAAUUACUUUUUGCAAGAAUUAUCGAUCCAGAAAAGAAAUUACGUGAAGAAUGUUAUGAAUUAGUAGAAUCAAUAAUUCGUCGUGGUGAAUCAUAUUUAAAACCAGCAAUAGCUGAGUAUUUUAAAACUGUUCUAAUAACAGAAGAUACGGAAUCAUUACAAUUACAUAGUAAAAUUUAUUAUGUAUUUGACGAAUUAUGUCAUAUAUCUGAAUCAAUUGUUGAUGAACUUAUCCCAACUAUUGAACAUCGAUUAACAGUAUCAAAUGAAAAACAUCGUCGGGAUGCAGCUAAAAUUGUUGCUUAUGUGACUAGUUCGCCUAAUAAUGAUUUUGCACAACGACAUAAAACUUUAUGGAAUACAUUUCUUGAUCAAUUUAAAAAUGGUACAUCUGAAAUUCAAUCAACUUGUAUUAAACAUCUUAAAAGUUAUUUUGUUAAUCAUCCAGAAUUACGUACCGAUCUUGAAGAUGUGAUGAUUCGAUUAAGUCUUUCAACAGAUACAAAUAUACGAUCACAACUUAUGGCACAAAUACGUUCUAUGACAAGUUCAAAUUUAUUAGAUAUAAGUGAUAAAAUGAAACAAAUUUUAUGUGAACGUGCACGUGAUAAAAUUUGGGAAGUUCGUAAAGAAGCAUUAGAUUAUCUUGGACAUGUUUAUAAAAAAGAAUGUAAUAAUCAUAAUUGGUCAAAUGAUAUACAAAAACAAUUAACAUGGGUUGCAAAUUGUAUUAUUCAUUUAUAUUAUCAAAAAACUACACAAGACAAAUUAUUAGCAGAACGACUUUUAACAUUUUAUCUAAUGCCAUGGGAUGUUAAUGCAGAUGAUAAAGUUCGAGUUUUAUUGACAUUGUAUUCAAAUGUAGAUGAUAAUGCUCAACGAGCAAUUCGUGAAAUAAUUCACAGCAAAUUUUUAUUUCGUCGACAAUUAGUUAAAUUAAUUGAUUUUUGUCUACAAAUGGCCGAUUCAAAUAUAUCUAAUGAUGAAAAACAAUUAAUUGAAUUAAAACUUGUUAGUCUUAUUCAUGUUAUUGCUUUACGUUGUUUACCAAAUCCAGAUAAAAAUGAAUCUGUUCUUAAAUCAUUAGCUGUAUAUGCAAUUAAAAAUCAUAAACAAUCAUUAAUAAAUAAUAAUGAAUCAAGUAUAUUAUCAAUAUUUAAACAAGCUAUAUCCGAUGGAAUUAAAUCAAAAGAAGCUUAUGCUUUAGCUAAUGGUAUUGGACAAAUGUUAUUAGAAGAAGCAGCAAAAGAACAAAAACGUUUUCCAGGUCAUACAACUGAAGAUCAAACAAUAACAACAACAAUUGUAGAAAAUAAUGGUCAUGGACAAUAUACAAAAAUGUGUGGAUUAAUAAAAACAAUGUUUGAAAAAAUUUCAACACUUCUAUUUGAUCAAGAAACAGUUAGUAAAUUACUUAAAUUAAUAUUUGAACAAGUUUCAAAUGAACCUGAACAACCAGCAUCAUAUUAUGAAAAUAUCAAUCAAUUGUUAAAGGUAUUUAUUCAAUAUCCAUCUAUUUUCAAUUCUUCUGAGUCACUUGAACUUUUAUGUAAUUUAUUAAAACAACGUGUACUUGAAUUAGCAUCUAUACUUAUUCGUACAAUUGAAGCAUGUGCACCAUUAAUUAUAACAUUAAAUCAAAAUAAUAUGAUGACUCUUCUUAAUUCUGAACUUUCAUCUUAUUUAACUCUUCAUCCUCCUAUUGCAAAACGUGCACUUUAUUGUAUAUGUGCAUUAAAUCCAAAUACAAAGGAUGAAAUUCUUCAAAAAAUGAUUGAUGAUACACAAUAUGAUCAAUUUGAUAAUGAUCAAUUUAUAACACGUCUUGUUUUACUUGGUCAUAUGAUUCAAAUAUCUCCAAUUAUUCUUGAUGAUAUAGGUAACCGAAUACUUUCAAAUAUAUCAAAAUAUAUUGUUGAUAAACAACAAACAAAUGAUGAUGAAGAUAAUAUGACAACAUCAUUUUUUCAUGGCAAUUUUACAUUAUUACCGGAUGAACCUCAAUCAGAUCCAGAAAUUGGAGCGGAUGCUCGUGUGAAACGUGAAUUAGUAAAAGCAAUGACACGAGCUAUAUUAGGUUUACGUGAAAAUUCAGCUGGUUUAUUUAAUAUUGUAUAUAAACUUAUUAAAAAAUGUAUUGAAAAUAACCAAGAUUUUACAGGUGAAAUGAGUGAAAGUGAAAUAAUUUAUAUUCGUCUAUGUGGUUUAUCAUGUUUAUUAAAAUUAAUAUGUAAUCCAUAUUUUUAUACACGUAUGAAACCAGAUGAUUUUCUUAUUAUAAUAACUCUUCUUCGUGAUCCAUCAUCAGUUAUACGUCAACGAACAUAUCGUAAAUUAGCUGAACAUUUACGAGAUCCAAUAUGUCCUAUUGAAUUACUUGCAUUAUUAGCAUUUGCAGCUAAAGAACCUGAACGUGAACAUCGUGAACAAAUUCGUCGUUUAAUGUUACAAAUUAUUGAUACACGUCGUGAACAUAUUAAAUUACAAUUAUCUUAUAAAACUACUCAUACAACAGCAACAACAAAUAAUCAUGAACAUACAAAUGGUUUUAAUCAUGAUAAUGAUGAUGAUAAUAAUAAUAAUAAUAAUAAUGAUAAAUCAAUUGAUUAUACAUUAUAUCCUGAAUAUUCUUUAACAUAUUUUCUAUAUUUUCUUUCAAAAUCAUCAGCAUUUAUUUUAUAUGAUGAUAUUGAAAUGUUACAUACAAUGACAGAUUAUUUAUUAUUUUUAUUUGAUGCUUUAUUAUUACGUUGUGAUACAACUGUUGCUUUAUUUUAUAAAGGUUUAUUACGUUCAAUAAAAUCAUCUGAAGAUGCAACAAUAUUAUUAAAUAAAGAAGAAAAAAUUGAACGUAAAGAUGCUAUUAAAAAAUUACAUGUUCUUGUUGAUUUAGCAUAUGUUAUUUUAUCACAACGUGCAUCAUCAUUAAUGAUAUGUCGUGCUAGUUCAAAUGUACCAUUACCUGAUAUGUAUUUUAAAAAGACACGUUAUAAUCAUUUAUCUUAUUUACCAAAAGAUUUUAAAAUUAAACUUAAACCUAUAACAACAACAACAGUUAGCGAUACAUUAACAAAUAAACGAACAAUAAUAAAUAAUUUAGAAACAAAUAAUAAUACAACAACAACAACAACAACGAUAUCGAAUAUUACUGCUACAACAACAACAACAACAACAUCACCUAAAACAACAAUAACAAGACGAAAACGAACAAGUGGUGGAGAAAAUGAAAAUGUAAAUGAUUUACCUAAUAAACGACGAAAAAUUUCAGCAAAUACAAAACAACAAAAAAGAAAAACGAAUCAUUCAAUUGUGGAAAAUGAAGAUAAUAAUUCAACUUCAUCAUUGAUUAAUAGUAAAAAAUCUCGAAAAAAUCCAACAACUGGUUCAAGUCGAUCUCAUAUAAAUUUUCCAUAUGAAAAACCUCAAUUACGUUCAGCAUCAGCAUCAUCAUCAUCAUCUCUAUCACCUCCAACACGAAAAACAAGACGUAAAGGUCCAUCAAAAUUAGCAGCAAAAAAUUAA